AUGGGUCUAAAGCUCUCAAGAGGGCCUGGAAAGGAGAAAUCAGCUCUAGAACUAAGGCCUCACAUUCUGACCUACCUAACCACAAAUUCUUACCUACGAAACUUGGUGUCCAAGAAACGAAGACGGUUAACCAUGGGUGGAUAUGAUCUCGACAUGUCUUACAUCUCCGACAAAUUGUUGGCUAUGUCAUUUCCGGCCGAACGAAUGAGAGCUGUUUAUAGAAACCCCCUUUGGCAAGUCAAGUCCGUGCUUGAUAUGCGACAUCAUAAUCACUACAAGGUCUAUAAUCUAUGCAUAGAGGAAUGUUAUGAUCCAGAAAACUUCUAUGGCCGCGUGGAAAGAUUCCCAUUUGAUGACAACCAUGUCCCAACUCUUAAAAUGAUCCAAAUUUUCUGCGAAAGUGUUCAUACUUGGCUCUCAUUAGAUCCCAAAAACAUAGCAGUGGUGCAUUGCAUGGCAGGAAAAGGCAGAACAGGGCUAAUGGUGUCGGCGUACCUUGUCUAUGGUGGAAUGUCAGCUGAGGAAGCUCUUGAGAUGUAUGCAAGCAGAAGAACCACAAACAAUAAUGGAGUCUCAAUACCGAGCCAGCGUCGUUACGUGAAAUACUGGUCAAAAUUACUCUCACUUGUUAAGAGAAUUGGAAACAGACCUCCAGAGGUUAAAUUACCUCAAGAACAUAGCAGAGAGUUGCUGAGAAUUAGACUUUACGAUACUGUCAACGUUGAUUCUGUCUUCUUUGUCGUCUCAGAACUUCAGGAGGUUCCAGAUGAUAUGUAUCCACCAUCUGUUGAACUUGCAAGAGGUUGUUGUAGACAAUUCAAGAAAGGUUACUGUAGAAGCUUGAGUCCACGGUAUUAUAUAUCUCAUUCCCAUAUGAACUGUGAUACAGAAGAAGAUGAGGUGCUACCAAAUAUAGUAGAACCACGUCUUGUUGUUCAAAUGGAUACAGAGAGUUCCAUCAUCGACGAGAAAACAUGUCUCGACUUCUACUUUGACAAACCUAUCAGAGUGAGUGGAGACAUAUGCAUCACAUUCUAUCAGAAAAUGAUUGGAAGUCGUCUCUUUUAUACCUGCUUCAACACAGCUUUUAUAACCAAUGGCUUGCUUCAGUUUUCCAUAGGAGAGCUAGAUAAAGUUGGUGGUAAUGGAAGAUCAAUAUCUGGUCCUGAUUUUAGCUUGGAGUUGCUUUUUAGUCCAGCCUGUUCUAAAUCCGGAAAGCUUCUUUCCCGAGAUGACCUUUCACUCCCUUGA